AUGCCGGAUUUAAUAUCAGAUUUUCAAGGUGCUUUCAUUCAAGAAAAAAAAAUUCUCGCUGGAGUUCUUAUUGCCAACGAGUGUGUUGAUAGUAGAUUGAAGGCUAACAAACCUGGAAUUCUUUGUAAGAUUGAUAUGGAGAAGGCUUUCGACAACGUCAAUUGUCAUUCCUUAUUUACGAUCCUUGAGAAGCAUGACUUUGGUGCAAAAUGGAUUUCUUGGAUUAAGUGGUGCGUAACUUCUUCUCACUUAUCUAUUUUGGUUAAUGGUAGCUCUACGGAGAAAUUAAAACCAAGUAAAGGCCUUAGACAAGGUGACUCUUUAUCUCCUUAUAUCUUUUUGUUAGUUGUGGAGGUUCUUUCCAAGUUGAUAACUGACGUUGUAGAACGAGGACAACUUACUGGUUUUCAGGUUGUGGAAAAUGGUACAAUCAUUUCGCUCCUUCAUUUCGCGGAUGAUACUCUUAUUUUCUUAGAUGCAAGUGUAGAAGAAGUGAGAAGACUUUUUAUCAUCUUGGCGGUUUUUGAAUCCAUUACAGGUAUUAAGUUAAACUUGGAUAAAAGUACCAUGAUCAGUGUGGGAGCUGAAGCAGUAAUUGAGGCGUUGUCAAAAGAGAUCGGAUGUAAAACAGAAAAGUUGCCUUUCAAAUACUUAGGAAUACCAAUAGGUGAACAUUGGCGAAGUACCACAGUAUGGGAGUACGUUUUGACAAGAAUGGAGCAAAGGUUGGCAUCUUGGAAGAAAAGAACUCUUAACAAAGUAGUGUCGAAGUUAGUGGAAGUUAAUUUGGUACUUGUUAUUCAAGACUUGAUGGUUUUUACGAUGAAAAACGGAAGGGGUAUUCGGUUUUGGAAGGAUAAUUGGACGCAAAGAGGUCGAUUGCAAGAUAUUUUUCCGGUGUCUUUCAAAGCAACAAGAGAUAAGAAAUCUUCAAUUGUAGAGAUUAUUGUCAAUGGGAGUUGGACUUGUAAUUUCAAGAGGAGAUUGAAUGCAAAUGAGUCUCUUGAAUGGGACUUGUUAUGUCGGGACAUUCCAGUUCCUACGCUGGAAGAUGGUGAAGAUGAGGUAAGCUUUAUUCUUUGGGAUUCGUUCCACGACUCUCUUCCUACUAGAGAUAUGUUUUCUCAUAGAGCUUUCAAGAUUUCAUGGCCAAUGCCGAGAACGCUUUUACAAUUGUUUGAUGCUUGGGAUAUGAACGUCUUGCAUGGAAAAGGUAAAGCCAUUUGGAAAAUUAUUCACUAUACAGUUUGCUGGAUUUUGUGGAAGGAAAGAAAUGGGAGAGUCUUCGGUGGUCGUAGGAAAGACACUAAUGAUAUCAUUAAUCUAGUUAAACAAUUAGUUGUUCUUUGGUCUUUUGAAAUCGAUACUUUUAAAUUUGUUCCCCCUAGUCUCAUUUGGAGCAAUUGGGAAGAACUCAUGAGUGAGUGA